AUGUCGACUAUCACUGCGGCUUCCCUCGAAAGUGCAAGGGUAUUGACGCCGAUACCGACCACCGAGCAGUCUCAAUCACCACAUGCAGCAGUAUCGGUGAAUCUUGAUCAAGAUGCCUUGACAUCGCUCACGGCGGCUUUCCAAAGCUCAGCGUUGGAAGACAAGGCUUCUGUUACUUUUAUCGAUACUUGUGCAGGGGGCGUCAACCUCUCUCGACAUGGAACGAUCUCGAUUCUGCAAAUUUUUGUCCUCCCGCAAAGAUCAACAUUCUUGAUUGACAUAUACGGCCUGAAGGAUAAAGCGUUUUCUUAUCCUGCACCGAGCGGAACUACACUUCGGGCUAUCCUUGAGUCGCCUUCUAUUCCUAAGGUGUUUUUCGACGUCCGCAACGAUUCAGAUGCUCUUUUCAGCCACUAUCAGAUUGAAUUAUCAGGCGUGCAAGAUCUUCAGUUGAUGGAGCUUGCAACGCGCAAGUUCUCGAAAAGAUGCGUGAAUGGACUAGGUAAAUGCAUAGAAAACGAUGCUGGAAUGACUGCGGAUGAAAGAGCGAAUUGGAAAGCUUUCAAAGACAAAGGAAGAAAAUUGUUUGCACCUGAAUGUGGUGGCUCUUACGAAGUUUUCAACACUCGACCCCUUCCAGAUGAAAUUCGACAAUACUGUGCGCAGGACGUACAAUUUUUACCCAAGUUAUGGCAAAAAUAUGAUGGCCGAAUGACUCGACAAUGGGCAACGAAAGUAGAGAUGGAAGUGAAGAACCGCGUACGGCUCUCCAAAUCCAAGACAUUUAACGGCAAGGGAAGACAUAUGGCCUUAGCACCUGCAAACUGGGCUUAG